GAAAACAAGCCAUGUAUUCCCGAGGGCAAUUCCAGAUGACUACCACUUCGAGAGACCCAAAGUAACGCCAGUGAUGUCCCACACCUUGCUACGAUUCUAGUUGUAUGCGUCGAUACAGCACAGAACCGAUUCCGGCAAAAGUGUACAGAAUGCACCAGCGGAACAUGUUAAAUGGGCGAUUGUAGGCUACUCUUUUAAAGAGCAUUUGUUCACGUUCUUGGGCAGUGUCCACUUGUAGAUGAAUAGCACGAGUGAUUUCUUGGCUGAUUUCCAGCGACGACCAGCAAAUUUCAAAAACCACCGGGCACAGUUGGCUCCCAAAGGCGACCUUCAGAUUAGGGGGCCCAUCCCGUUUCACCCACCAUCUCCCAUUUUCUUCCAUAACUGCACGCACCGAGCUGGAUAUCCUUUUGUUGAUCCAAGCAUAUUACCCAGCUUAGGAAAACCGACGCGUAUUCCGUUCGGAAUUUAAUGGACGCAUAGUAAACCGUCUUUUGGUGCCUCGCGUGAGGCUCUGGGAAUCAUCUCUUUUUUCACCCACCCUACUCGGAGAGACAAAUAGAAUCGGCUAAUCAAAGAGCUGAUAGCUGUUACCACGAGACUUGUGCCCGACCACUCAAGAAGAGGGUCGAAGAGGCACCCGACGAAGAUCCUUAGGGUUAAGUUCCAAUUUCCGUGUACCCCGAAACCGAAAUAGCGUGGAAUUUCAUAUCCGAGCUAGAAUGGUCCUCGCGCGAGGGGCAUUUCACAAAUGCAACGGCCAUUGGAGAACUGUGGGGAGGUUGAACUGCAUAUAGGGAGCACCAGGAGGUACUACCGGGAGUGGAGAGGGAAGAAUGCUGUCGAAUUGAAGACCAUGACAGAAAAUUUGGCUUUAGACAAAGGCAACACGAAGCAAAAGGUCCUUCUGCGCAGAUUCCGUGAAUAAGGACAAUAUAUCCGUCUUUUGGGGACUGCGUUGGUGCGACAUGUUGAUGUCCAAGGCACGACCCAGAGCGUCGAAGUUGGGGAUCGUCAGCAAAGAAGCGCGCAGUCCCGAUUUGGGCUAGUGCGACCAGCAGUUACGCGUGACGUCACCAGGUGCAAGAUUCUGCUAAUCCUAAAGAAGAAAGACGUCUAAACUUUCACCAGGCCUUCAACUCUUCAGCACCGCAUCUUACUCCACAGGCUAGGGGGAGAACAGCGCGGUUCAUUGAGCAGCCAAAUGGAGGAUACGAGGCAGUUAAGAGAUGCGUUUGAUGCCGCGAAUGAAUUCCUCCAUCCAGUUCUAAACAAAGAGCGGAUACAGAAUUCUCGAGGCGAUCCUCUCAUCGAUAUUUUGAAUCGAACACUGCCCACCGAUUAUUGUCAUGAUGAUGCGCCAAGAUCUCGCGUUGUACAGCGAACACUGGCUUUACUCAGUAGCAUCCACGAUGCUUUUGUGGCAGAAUCAACCGACCCAGUCCCCGCUAAGCGGGUGCUAGGGAAACAGCAAGACCAGGCUCUAGAGGAUGCGAAACGACGCCGGGCUCUCCAUGCCCUGCUUGACCUCCUUUCGUUUGAGGGUAUAUAUCCUUCUUUGUCCAGUGGAGUUGGCAUCCCGCUAGAGAAGCGUGUCAUUUCCGUCCUUCCCGCCGGUGUCAUAGCAAAGAAUGCAACAAAAGCAAGUGAUUCAACACCACAGGAUACUCGCAUUUUAGACUGUAUUAUAGGAUCCUUGAGUCAUAUUCUCCGAGAUGCGCGCCCGUCAAUCCAACCUAUUAUCCUUGGACGGAUUUUGCCUGACUUAAUUUGUGGGACUGCCGAAUUAGCUUUCAACUCGAAAGAUCUACCGUCACAUAAAAUCGAUUCAUACAAGAGAUUGUUGAAUGAUAUCAUUGACAAAUGUUCCACGCCAUCGCUGUUGCCGGUGCUAUCAUCUCUGCUCCAAGAAAGUACAGCACCUUGGUUUAAGGCCUGCAUCUCUUCACAGCUUUCCCAAAUACCAUUGCGAAAAGAUGGUGUGUUUCAAAUAAUUUUAUUUCUUGCUUCUCAAUUUGCACCAACACUGGGUCAAACCACCAAAGACCCUUCCUCUGGAGGGCCACCGAUUACGGUCCAGGCAAUCAUGCAGUCCUCCCGGUUGCUAUCAUUAGUACCGCAAGGCAGCAACCCUGAGGAAUAUUUUAGCAACGUUGCACCCAAACUGCUAGCUCUACUUGAUGGAGAAGACCCUGAUAUGAAGAAAACGUCCUCUUAUGUAAUCGGGAAUGGCAUUCUUGGAAAACGAGCAUAUGGCUCUCCUGGGGCCAUUGGCUUUAUCAUUUUCGUCCAGCCCAUCCUUGACACUUUCCAUGGCAAAAUCUCUCAGCCUGUUACAACUUGGAUGAGACCAUUCUCCCUGGAUGGCUCUGCUGAUCCAGAGAUAAAGACCGGGGAUUUUGACGGCAUCAUCAUUGUUCCUGAGUUCAAGCUACUGUUAGCAUUAGAAAGACUGACCGCCUUGGCGACAUUACAUCCAAGUCCCGGCCUUCUCAAACGAUUAGUCAACCCAGCCUUGUUGCCUCUGUGGGGAUUACAAUGCUACGCCAAAGAGCACCAGAAGCGCUCACUAGAAGAGAAGGUGAGCACUUUACUACAAAUGUUUUUUAGCGUAUCCGCUAGCAUUACGAGGCUGGUCAAGCUUGCGGAUAACAUUCUUUGGGAUGGCCCAGAAGCCUGGGUCUAUGGGGCCGGCGAAGAAGGUGGUGUUUCGAUUCGGAAACGUGAAAAUCGUGAGCCGUGUGGGCCUAAUAUCCUCUCGAUAAUCCAAAAUCUAGAUGGACGUGUCGAUAGUUUUCUACAGCUGUUAGCUGCAGAUCCACAAAAAGAAGAAUUUGUGGGCGAUGUCUUCCUUCAUGUAAGCCGACAAUGGCUGUUUAGUGAAUCAAUGGGUGAGGAUGGAGGUUGUCCUCAGCCACACAGGGAACAAGACAAAUUGCAGCCCGAGUUACGAAAACUGGUCAGCGCGAAAAUUGCGGAGAAGCUCUUGGAUCAGUUCAAGGAAUCUCUAUCUCGCCAUCCUAUCAAAGUUCUGGAACUUAUAAGACAGCUAAUCGAAAGUGAAAAGAAUCGCGCUAGCACACUCAGGACAAACGCUCAAGGCAGUGAGAGCAUAUCUCUCCAGGCACUUGGGAGUAUUGUAAAGGCAGAAUCAGCUGUGGGUAGCGAUCCGGACUCCAAUAUCACCGGAGUUUCCGAAUCUCUAUCACCCGCAUUCAGUCUCCUCUCGACAAUCCUCGCUUCGCCCGACUUUCAAGUAUCGGAUUCAAUAUCCCUGAUUCUUAGAAACUUGAAGUCCGACAUAGAUUAUCUUCUACCACGCCUCCCAUCCGCCCUUGUACAACCCGCAACCACAUCUUCUAUGCUCCUCGAAAUCACCCUUUCCGACCCCGAUCAACGCCAGACAAAACCAACACUUACGUUUCCUGGCAUCUCUGAUCUUGAAAGCCACCGCCAGGCGAUAAAUAAUAUCUCUUCCCCGUUGGCCCCUGUUCAAGCCGAAGGUCUCUCAACGCUAUCUCACCUAAUUGACAAAGCGUCUCCCGUCCUGGAUAUUCCUGCAACUCUCACGCUUCUUCUUUCCGUAUUAACAGCUAGCGAUGAGUCUGCUGCUACCGACGAGUUUCUUUAUCUCAAUGUGAUCAAACUCAUCGGAUCCCUGGCGUCCAAGCACCCACGUACUGUGAUAAAAACCCUCGCCGAGCGUUAUGCUGAUCGCAGCGAGGAGUCGACCCUCGACCAGCGACUCAAAAUCGGCGAAGCACUCCUCAGAACAAUUCAAAAUCUAGGGGGGGCAUUAGUAGGAGAUGCUGCCAGGGUCCUCGGAGACGUCAUGAUCGAGGUGGCCAGCAGGAGGGGAAUUAAGCUCAAAGCGAAGGAUCAACGGGGAAAAGGCAUAAAGAAGAGCCCACCGGCGAAAAACAGUGAAGAAUUGAAUGAAAAUAUCACGAAGCUUAUGAACCAAAUUAACGAAGAUGUGGAUUCUGAAACGGAAGAUCCAGUUAAAGAAGCCUAUUCUAGCAAAAUUAUCCACGCAUGGGAGGCUGGGGCUACGACAGAUACUGCCCCAGAUGAUCUACGUGCCCGUGCUUCCGCGAUAUCAAUCCUCGCAUCUGCGAUCCAGACAAACCUAGCCGGUCUAGGUCCAGCAUUAGCAUCUUCCUCAAUAGAUCUCGCGGUAUCCACUCUCACCCUUGAAUCCGAUGAAGGAAGCGCAAUUCUACGACGUGCGGCGGUAAUAUUGCUGCUUGACUUGAUUAAAGCCCUUGAUGAAGCUAGAGAGUCGGGGAAGGAUCUCGGCUUCGGCCUAUCGGUAACUGCAACAUCAUCCUCGAUAUAUCCCGCCAGUCACCAAUCCGGAUCCGAAUGUACUACAAUCGGCAAUGUUCCCGAUAUCCUCCGCGCGCUGAACUUCGUCGAAAGCAGAGAGACUGAUACGACUGUACGUGGUCAUUUACGAGCUCUAAUCGAGAGUUUGGAGGCCUGGCUCGAAAAGUCGCUACUUUGGGGAAUUCGCACUCAGCAGAGCCUGAUGGAACAGCCCAGGUUUGAAUUGGGGGAUCGGCUGGCAGGGUUAGAUAUCCACCCUUUGUCCAGUACAGAAAAAUAUGGGAGAACAGGAGAACAUCCCAGAAUUGAGGAGAUUGAGUAGGCUAGAAUAAAUAAGUGAAAAUAUCAAAGGGAGUAACUGUGCUUUUGUGCAGCAAAGAAUUGGCUACCUUCAU